UAAACCGAGUUUGAAUUAAAUUUUCUCUCUGGUACGUACUGGUGGCAAAAUUAAAUACAUUAUUACUCAGAGGGAAACGGGUUGGCGAUGGGCGGUAAUGAUUUCAAAUCAAAAUGAAUGAAAUAGAUUAUAAAAGCAUUUUAGCGACGACUGCUUCCUUUUGCACAAUUAUACAAUUUCUAUCUGGCAUUGUAACUUGUCAGAAAAUUGUUAAAAACAAAAGUAGUGGAGAUUUAACUUCAUUUCCAUUUGUGAGUGGGAGCUUGUCAACUUCUUUAUGGCUUAGAUAUGGUUUUCUUAUUCAAGAUAGAUCAAUUAUUUUGGUUAACGCGGUAGGAAUUUUACUAUUUUUCACAUAUGUAACCAUAUUUUUUAUAUACAGCAUUAAGAAGGGUAGCAUUAUUCGUCAGUGCUUAGCAUGUAUGAUUGUGCUAUCAUUAGUCCUACUACAUAUCCAGCAAACUACAGAUAUACAGGAAGCCAAAUCGUUUCUGGGAUUGGUUUGUUGUUUUGUAACAGUUUUAUUUUUUGCUUCUCCCCUUUCUUCUUUGUUAGAAGUUAUUAGACUGAAGACUACUGAAAAUUUACCCUAUCAUCUCAUAUUAAUGACAUUUAUUGUGUCAUUUCAGUGGUUGGUUUAUGGCAUUGUGUUACAUGACAAAUUUAUACAGAUUCCCAAUUUCCUAGGCUGCAUUCUGUCUGGAUCACAGCUUAGUUUAUUUGUAUUGUACCCUAGCCGGCACUCUAAGAGGUUUCUUUUUACAGGUAGUAUCCAUGCGAUGAAAUUUGAUAUUUUAUAACUAAAUCUUUAUUUUAAUAAAAACCAUAAUAAUAUGAAUUUAAAAAACUUUGAAUAAAAAACAACUUCAUAUGUAUAUUUAUACGAUAAUGUAAAUAACAAUUCAAAAUAAAUGUAAUUACAUUAAUAAAGUACCAAUAAGGUU